AUGACCCCCGGUAUCGUCCGGGCUGUUACAAGAGCCCGGGAUGCAGUGCCCGAUGAAUUCGCAAAGCUGCAGCGCCCAGAAGAACCCGUGCUUGUGGAACCCAAAGCUGGGCAUCCCAUUGCACAUAGCCAGUUGAUUGACCUUUCCAAGCUACUCAAGAAGCAUGCACCUUACGAUACUGAGAGUAGCAAAGGGACUGAAGAAGUAGUAAAGGAAACUCCAAUAACCCUGGCAGCCCUCCUUCAAAACACCACAAUCUACACCCCACCACCGCCCCCGAAGCCUGCCCAAACACCAGAAUACCAGGCCCUCAUGGCCCGUCUCCGCGCCGAACAAGAAGCUCUCUCCUACGAAAGAAUGUUGCACCCAACCCCUACUCGCGAAUCCUUCUCGCAACGCUUCCCUCGUGCCCCAGAGCCCUUUAGCAUCGGCGCCACUCACAAGGCCUCCGCCGAAGAAGACGACGUGUCCUACGAAGAAGUCCACCGUCAGAUCAUCUUAAUCAUAAACAUAUUAGUCUCCAUUGUCUGUGUUGCCGUUUUCAUUUGGGUGGCUGCGCGGAGCUGGAGUGUGGGAAGUAGGCUGGGAUUGAGCAUGGGAGGAGCCGCCGGCAUCGCUAUUGCCGAAGUGGCCGUGUACGGUGGUUAUGUGAGGAAGGUGCGCGAGGCCAAGAGGCUUGAGAAGAAAAAACCCGAGAUCAAAGAGAUUGUCAAGACAUGGGUUCUGGGCGAGCAUGCAGAUGCAGCUGAAGGAGACACGACGGGGUGGAAGGAAAAAGACGGCGAUGGCGUCAGGUUCAGAAAGGGCAAACAUCGUUGAAGCAAUACUCUGCAUUGACGCCGACCAUGCUGAAGAACUCCAUAAAAGCCCCAUCAUUGCUCCCAAAACGACGCCUGCAAUGCAGCUUGUGCCCACUCGCGCAAACGCAUCAAUCAUGAAAACAUGGCUGGUUAUUACUUCUUGUCCUUCCUCCGUCCAGCAACACCACCAGCAAAUC